UCAUUAUUACGUUUAUGUUUCGUUUUGCAAAUCUACCUUACUCUGCGGCUGAUCUCUUAAACCCCGAAAUGACUUGCCAAGGGAGCAAGAAAGGUCUACCCCUCAAAUGUUGCAUGCACCUCUGGCAUCUCGGCGCCAUCCGAUAGACGGGACAGUCGGGGAUCGGUUGACGCCGUGAGCUGAAAACACAACUUGUCUUUCCUCACAUCACUGCAUCAUAUAAACAUUCAAGCACAGCACGCUUAGGUUGAACUCAUACAUUAUCAUUAACUCAUUAUCCCAGCAAUUACUGGUUCUGUCUUCAAGUGAAUUAUUCGGCCUUUCAAUCCUCAACUUUCGAAUCUUCGGAGCCCUUCAAAAUGGAAUCCACCGAUUCUUCUUCCGGGGCACCCACAACCACCACCACAAAAGACCCCAUCACCCUCCUAUCCACCAUCCUCCGUCUAACCGAAGAGCGCAUCAUCCCGCUCACCCGCGCCGGCGUCUCCUCCGGCUCCAAGCUCUUCGGCGCCGCCAUCCUCUCCCGCUCCUCUUUGCGUCCUCUAACCGUGUCCACCAACAACGAGCGCGAAUCCCCUUUGCUUCAUGGCGAAAUCAACUGCAUCCAGCAGUAUUUCACCUUGCCUCCUGCCUCUUCUUCUCCAGAAGAAGAAAAAGAAGGCCAGUACCGCAUCCCCACAAAAGACACCAUCUUCUUCGCCACCCACGAGCCCUGCUCGCUCUGUCUGUCGGGCAUCACCUGGGCCGGCUUCAACGAGUUUUACUACCUGUUCACGUACGAGGACUCGCGCGAUCUGUUUGCGAUUCCGUACGAUAUCGAGAUCCUCGAGGAGGUGUUUCGGGUGAAGGCUCCCGGGGAUACCGAGACCUCCCUGAAAGAAAGGCCGUUGUAUAAUAGGCGGAAUAAGUUCUUUACGGGGAGGAGCUUGGUCGAGUUGUUGGAGGAGGCGAUGCUCCCAGAGGAGGAAAGGGAGAAGUGGAGGGGAGAGAUUGACCGGGUUAAGGGGUUGUAUAAUGGGUUGAGCGAGACGUAUCAGGAGGGGAAAAGGGGCGGGGUGGAGAGUGCUAGUGUUUGGAAGUGAAGCUGGCGAGCCAUGAAGUGGGAGGUUUUUUGUUGUUGUGGCUUGUUAAUCGGUCUCUGUCUGUCUGUAGAACUUGUGGCUUUCCACUGGUCGAGACAGCUGGUCUCGUUGAGCUUUCUGUCUGUCGUGCAAGGAGAAAGAAUCGUAUACCCGAGCAAUGGUUUUAAAUGCUAGUGUGUU